AUGUUGAUACCUAUUUUUUCUUUACAAUUGAAUAAUAAAGUAUUUCCACGAACAUUUGCAGUUGGAAAGUUUAAUGGCAAAAAUCCAUCUCUUAUUGGCGCUACUGCAGGAAAUAAAGUUUUUAUUCAUUCUCCACAUGAUAUCAAUCCUCAAGCACACCAAUUAGAUGGAAGUGUUUCUUUUCUUAAUGUCAAUCAAGUCAUAACAAGUUUAGCAUGUGGACAACUUGAUGAACAAUUAGAAAAAGAUUUACUUGUUGUUGGAACAAACACAAAUAUCAUAGCUUAUGAUAUGGAUCGAAAUGUUGAUUUAUUUUUUCAAGAAAUUCAAGAUGGUGCCAAUGCAAUUACUAUUGGUUCAUGGGGCGAAUUACCAGAAACAUUAGCUAUUGUUGGUGGAAAUUGUUCAAUACAUGGUUUUAAUAAAAAAUGCGAAGAUGUUUUAUGGACAGUAACAGGUGAUAAUGUAUCUGCACUUUCUCUAUUAGAUUUCAAUAGUGACGGUUAUAAUGAACUUGUUGUCGGCUCAGAAGAUUAUGAUAUUCGUGUAUUUCGUGAAGAUCAAUUAAUAGCUGAUAUGCAAGAAUCAGAAAUUGUUGUUUCGAUAUGUCCACUGGUUAGUGGAAAAUUUGCAUAUGCAUUAUCGAAUGGCACUAUUGGAGUAUAUGAACGAUCAAAUCGACAGUGGCGUAUUAAAUCAAGAAGUAUUGCGAUUGUUUUAGAGACAUUUGAUGUUGAUGGGGAUGGUGUUGAGGAAUUAGUAACUGGUUGGAGUAAUGGGAAAGUUGAUAUACGAAACGAUCGUUCAGGAGAGGUGAUUUUUAAAGACAGUCUUACUGCAUCAGUUGCUGGUAUUGUUAAAGCUGAUUAUCGGGUAGCAGGAGAAAAUUCAUUAAUUUGUUGUACGAAUGAAGGUGAAGUUCGUGGUUAUAAAUUUUCGGUACAAGACGAAAAUUUAGCUGUUGCUCAUACAUUUAAAAGUAGUCAAGAAAGAGUUCGAGAUUUAUUACAAAAGAAACAAGCACUACUUCUUGAAAUUCAAAAUUUUGAAAAUAUAGGCAAAGCCAAUGAAGGGCUAAAUGAUCAGUUUGGAACAAUUGAGGUUUUAGCUAAAAUUCCGGCCAGUACUGCAAUUCAAACAAGUCUUGCAGUAGAAAAAGUCGGAAAUGAUUUACCUGGGCAUAUUGCAAUUAAAAUCAAAACAACAAAUGACACAAUUAUAAGAGCAGUAACCAUAUUUGCGGAAGGCUUAUUCCGAGGAGAAUGUUACGUUGUUCAUCCAGCAGCACAUCAACUUCAAGAAAGUGUAACAAUCCCUAUAGUUCUACCUCGAGAUGCUGCUGUUGAUUUACAUUUACAAAUUUUUGUUGGAACAAAAACAAGUAAACUUUUUCAUGUAUUUGAUUUGUCUCGAUCAUUGCCCAUUUUCUCAAUGUAUACAAUUGUUGAAAAUUCAUCUCAGAACGAACCAAAAGGUUAUGUAACUUUUUCGAUUAAUGAACGUAUUUCACGAAUUGUUCUUUGGAUCAAUCAUCAUUUUCUUUUGGCUGAAGAAUGCGCAGCUGAUCCAGCUAGUUUAUAUGUUACUUUCUUAUGUGUAAGAACAGACGCAAAAUUAGUUAUUCGAAUGCAAAAUACGGGACAUGUUAGGAUUCAAACAGAUGACAUAGAAUUAGCUGGAAAUAUAAUUCAAUCGAUGGGAAAAUUUUUAAAAAUUGAAAACUUAUAUACAACUGGCGACUUUCCACUAGAAUUUGAACUACUUCGACAAGUUUUUUCUCAAAUCGAAGAAUAUCAAGCGGCUCGUCAAAGAAUUUCAUCGGAUAUGGCUGAACAUGCAAGUAUUAUACGAAAUUUUUUAAUACGUGCUGAAGAUGCUCGUCUAAUGGGUGAUAUACCAAUUAUGAAACAACAUUACAUUGAUUUACUUCAUUUAAACCGCGAUUUGAUAAAUGGUUAUACAAUUCGAUGUACAAGUCAUGAAGAACUAAUGAGACAUUUACGAUUUCUUAAUCAAAUGGUACAAAAAGCUGGUAACUUAAGAAUCGGCAAAUAUAAGACAAAUACAGUUAAUCACUGUCGUGCCGCAAUCAAAGGAAAUAAUGUAGAACUAUUAAUUAAAUCAAUUAAAUCUGGAACUGUUUGA